GCUCUUGAUCCCACUGGUGUAAUGCUCAAUGGCACACUUCUGCCCACGUGCAACAUAUCCAGCUUCAACUCCCUGCAGCAAUACAAAAUGCCCAAGAAUAAUGUUUUCGAAAUCAAUAUAUGCUACAGUUGAAUAUGAAACUCCACAAACCUAAAUUGAAACUGUGAGAGAAAGCAGGCAGACUGAAUAUAAACAAAGCACCAGAGCUGGAUUAUGACCAAGAUGCAAGUGCUAAUAUGGCCUCUUGAGAAAACUGCCAUGAGACCUUCCCAGCAUGAGCAAGUGUCAGAAAGCAGGGGUGUUUCAGGAGCUGGUGCUUAUACCCAGAUUUGGAAAGAAGAAGGAAGAUAAAAGUGGGAAGGCAGAUCAGAAGGGGACUCCAAAGCAAGAUGUGCUUAAAGAGGAGGAGCUGGAGAAAAUGAAAGAUGAGCGUGAAAGGAUUGGUGCAAAGCAUCUGGAGUUACGGCAAAAGCAGCUGAGGGGCCUGAGUGAUUAUUCUACUGGUCCUGGAGGACCUGACAUUGAUGAUGAUGAGGUGGAUCCAAACUAUGCCAGAGUGAACCACUUCCGAGAGGCUUAUCCACCAGCAAGCAUCUACAGACCCUCAUCACCAGCAGUAGGAGAAACCUUUGUUUAUCUGCGGGAUUCUUCCUCAGCACCAAUGGAGAGGGAGCACUUGGAAGGGCUGUAUGCAAAAAUAAACAAGCAGCACUACCCACAGACUUCUGGAGACAGUGGCUGCACAGGUGGUGGGAAUGCUGAUCGCAUCCAGAGGCUGCGGAAGGAGUACCACCAGGCCCGGCGGGAGGGCUUGCCUUUCUAUGAGGACGACGAGGGAAGGAUGCAGCUGUCUGACUAUGACCAGCGCUGGGUGCCUGGAAAAGGUCCAGAUGGGAGCUCCUACAAUCUUCACUUCGAGGGGGUGGAAAGGCAGUAUGCAUCCUUACCCAGGCGUGGACCUGCAGAGCCAUUAGAAUAUUUAACAGGGCCACGAGUAACGUACAAAGAGAGAGAUCUUCCCUACUACCACGGAGGACAGCCUGUUAUCCACCCAUCCAAGGGGAACUACAUCCGUGUGCCGGACACGAGAGUGGCAGAACUGAGGUACCCUCAGUAUUACCCAGCCCAGCCCAUCACAAACCAGCAUAAAGGACCGCUCCGGCAGGACGUGCCGCCUUCCCCUCCGCAGCCCCACCGAGCACCAGCUUACAAUGAAAUUAUCCGACACCGUGGGACCAGUCCAGACCAGUACCAGUACAGGCAACAGGAUCCCAGGCAGAAGAACCCCAUGACUGCAGCUGUAUAGCCGUGCACUGGACUUCUGGCACAGCCCAGGAGGAGCCCCAUUGGACAUCAUCCUUGUAGAGUUGUUCCCAAGCGUAGCUGCCUGUAAGAAUGGCACGUGAGACCUGGAGUCGUUCUUACUGAGCUGGGCUCAGCGUAGGUGCUUUCUAACAGGCGAGCUAAAGCCACGUCAGGUACGAUGUGUUUUGAAUAUGUGAGGUACCAGACAGUUGAGUGUUCUUUAAUUCCUUUAAAAAAAUAGAAAGUGGCUGCUGAAAAUGAAACACAACACUUAAUACACCUCAGGGCUAUUUACUGAAUCCAGUUACACCUUUGCAGUACAUAGCUGUCUGUGCAGGGGCAGCGGAGUCACCAGAGUUUACUUCAGAGUGCUUGUAGAGCCUUUUAAGUGAGAACACAGCAAGCAGUACUGACUUCUUGCAGAGCUGGGCAUCUUGUGUAUCUAGUGUGUGAUCACGACAAAGGACUGCCACAGAGAUAGUGGCCACAUUCCAGGCACAUCCUGACCAACAGUUCUGCUUUAAGGAUGCUGCAGUUCCAGAUCUGUGAUCUGGCCUCUGUCUUCCUCUGCCUUUUUUGGUGGUGGCAGCAUUUAUCUUGUAGCCUUCAUUUUUUGCAGUUUGUGUAUCAAGAGGCUUCUCUUCUUGCACCUGCUGCAGUUGGAGUAGGGCAAAAAGCCUUAUCCCCUAUGCUUGGGCAGGCCCACAGAGGACAGGCAGCCACCUGAGAACCUGUGUCUGUAGCAGGGGGAGCGUGUGCUUGUGUUAGUUAUACAGUGUGCAGUCUUUAAGUGUAAACCCUGGAGACCAGAUCCUCAGCUGCUGUCAGGAAGUGUCACUUGAGGGGUUUCACUGGAGCUGGCCUAUAAGGAAGUGGCUAGGAAGGUGACUAUGGACAUGGACUCCAUGGUUCAUAUUAAGUUACUGUGUCAGGUGCUGCCUUGGCUCCAUCGGGCCAACUCGUUCCUGGCCCUCUCCAGGCGGUGUUGGAGCCAAGUGCCUGCCAGCAGCGUGCCUGCCCUGGCAAGCCCCUCACUGCCAGAAGGCACCUGUCCAUGGGGCCACCCUCAGUCCUCGAGGGAAGCCCAGCCUUGGGCAGCACCAGGCCCCACUGCACCAAGUGCCAAACUACUCGAGUUCUUGCAGCCAGAGGCCGUCAGGUCAUGGGGAAAGGGGCUUUUCACAGCAAGGGGUGAGGGAAAAGACAAGGAAAGUAACAGGAAGGGCUUCAAGAUCCUGGAGCCCAGGAGGGAGGUGUGAGAAUAGCUGUUUGUAGCAAGUUAUUUGCAGCAGUGCAUGGGAAGAGAGAAGGUGUGGGUGGGGAGGGGGCGUCAGCAGCGCAGCAGAGCCGUGGUGGGGGGACAGGGCAGUGGGGUACAUGCCCAGUUCUUUGCCCCAAACAGCCUGAGUUUGCUCUGAAGCUAGAAAUGUGUGUCCCCAGCCAGAGGGACCUGUGCAACCUGACCUGAGAGGGCCCUGAGUGCUCAAAGAUCUGUCUCAAGGAUUUUGUCAUGAGGAAACCAUGCAGUAUUGUGACCUAGAAAUAAUGUUAUCCAAGUGUCCUUAAUUCCUCAACUUCUGCCUUUUGGGAGUGUCACUAAACCAUUAGGCCUCCCUCUUCAUCAGGAAAGGACUGUGACCUGGCCAAGGAUUAAGCAUAAGGAUUUCUUUGAUGUCAUUUUGACACCUUUGGUUGGCAGCAUAUUAAAUCACAUAGAUCAGUUCCCAGGUGUUAAACACCACCAGGAAGAUUUGUCCUGUUAGGAGUGUGUCCUGCUGGCAGGUAAUGGCCCUGAUGAGAAGUAGCAUUUAAUCCCAGCCUACUUUCUUCUCUGCCAAUGGUGGUGGCUAGAGCCUGGUGUAACCCUCAGGCACAGGGAGCACUUGUGGCUGGAGCACUUGUGGCUGCCUGAGUGGCUGGCAGGCUCUAGUGCUUGCCUUCCCACCAGCCUCCACCCACCAGCAGGCUGGGAAGCAGGGGAGAGGAGACAGCUUUCCAUGGCAGAGGAACACCUCCAUGAUUCAGACAGAGGGCUGGACUCCCUGGGGCAGGGGCAGGCACAGCUCUAAAUCCAGUCAGGAGGAAGCAUUGGUGGGAGGGAGAGAGGAAGAGGAAUGCAACUGAUUAUGAAGUAAGCGUGUUUGGUUCUUGUUCCAUUUCUUUCUGCCCUCUUCCCUAGUAAUAUAGGAGGGAAAAAACCUCUGGAGGGAGUGUCGGGUGUAAAGCUGGAUGUCUCUCAGUACCCUCCAUAAAUAAGGCACAUUCCCCAAGGAAACCGUGCCUGUCAUGUACGUGCUCUGCACAGCCUUGUACUUCUCUCAGAAAGCUUUAGAUGUUGUAGGAUACUGAGCCAGGACUUGGCAGCCACAGGAUAGCUGCUAGUGUUAUAAAGGCCUGUUGAAAGUGAAGCAAAAACAAAUUAAAAUACUUUCCUUUCCCUCCUUGAAAUAUAACCCCUGAUACAUUUGAUCCAGCUGUAAAGAAACUAAUGUUUGCGACAGUGGCUUUAUCAAGCCAGGCCACAAUUAAGAACAGCUCUGAAUAUAAGCUACUGCCUUUGUAAAUCACUCUCAACUAACCCUUCAAAUGGCAUCACAGCACAGUGAACAGAACUUAUUUACAGUAUUUCAUGAGCCAGGGCCAAAUAAAAUCUGGAUGGAAACAGCUUCUAGGUUAUUUAUAGCCUUUGAGGGACCUGCCCAAUGUCUCCUCGUAACCUGAAUCUUUCUGUAAGAGCUCCCCUUGACUGCAUCCGCUCCACUCAAUUGAGGCAGACAGAUCAAACAAACACCUUCUGAGCUGUUAAUCUUACCUUACCCAACAGGUUAUUAAAUGAUGCUUCUGCUCAGUAAGCAGAAAUCAGUAGAGAGCUUCUUCCAAUUAAAAAGAAAAAAAAAAAAAAAAAUUAAGAAGAAAGUGUUGUAAGUAUAAUAUAUGGAUGCAUCCUACAGGUAAGGAGCUAUGGAGGAAGAACAGUGUGACCUAGCUGGGGGAGCAAGACUAAAAAUUAUUACAGAGCAUCUCAUCAAUCUCUGGUGCCAUUGUUCUAGGAGAUAAUUGCCAUUUCCUGAUUUAAUAUCUGGUAGAGGUACAGUAUUUUCAAAAGUAUAAUGUGUAACUACAGUAUAUAUAGUCAGCUUUUCUGCAGUAUAAAAUGUAUGAUUUUAGCACCAUAUUGUGGAAAAAUAUGUACCGUGCAGAAUUCACGAGGUGCUACAACUGACGGUUGAAAAUACACACUUGCAAAAUCCAAAAGAGCCGUUAAGUAACAAGUUGUUCUUUUCCCAUAUGUCCAUAUGUUUGGGAAAAUUAUGAGUCUGAAAUGCUCUUGACACGUAAUUGCCUCGCACUCCCUCAUCCAAAAUGUGCCAGUCCAGCCGUAGAGUUACUGACAUAGUGGGUGUGAAGGGAGAGUUGGGUUUGCCACAGGAGCAGCCCUAAGUGUGUGUGUGUGAACAGGCAUCAAGACCAAGGGAGAGAGGCCCGUGCUCACGUGAAGCUGAAGCUUUGAUUUCCUGAGCUGGUGGCGUGCAGCCUGUAUUUCUGGCUCUGGCACAGGGCCAGCCAGGCCCAGCAGUUGGAAGAUUAAGAGCUAGAAAAAGAGCCUGUGGAUUUUCUGAGUGACCACCCACUAGUGAGCCAUGAUCUUGGCCUGUGAGCCGACAUUACCACUGUGAUAUAUUAUGAUGCAGAAGUCUCUAGGCACCCCUUGAAUCCGUAAAGAAAUAUCAACUGCCCUUUGUGGGGAAAACGGAGCAUAGAAAAGAAGGAAAAAAAAAAAAGGCUCUUGCCUUGAAAAAGUGCACACAGUCCUGAAUUCCAAUUCACUCCAGCUUCCUGAUCUAGAAAUAGCUUCACAUGCUGCCUAAUUUUUUUACAGAUGAAUUGUGCUACCUCUUCCUCCCAGCCAUCACAGAUUUGUUUAUCAGAGAGUUAGUGCUGUGAGUGAAUCCUAGCGACUGCUCUGCCAGGGCCGCAUCCUGACGCUCUGCUCUGAGCAGGGGCUGCUUUGCACUUUCAAAAGGCCCCACACCUGUGCUCCCCAUCACAGUUGUCCUGCAGGAUCCUUAAGCCUUACAUGCAAAAUCAGAAGUGCUAUUCAGUAUCUCUGCAUAGGAAAGAAGACUUUGUAAGACACUAUUCUGUUACUGUGAGGGAGAGAGAGGUACUUGAGAUCUUGACAAUACCUGUGUGUUUAAGUGAAACUGAUUUAAAAAUCAUGUGUGUGAUUGUUUUGAGGGAGAAAUUCAACACAUAAUUUGACAGGUUUUUUCUAGUACCACAUCAAAGAUUUUGAUCUUUUGUUACAUAUGGCUAUAUAAAUUUUACCUGGUUUAUUUUGCAUUAAAAUAAAGGCUUUAAGACUAUAUAUGAUUA